AUGACCCUUCACGUGUCAGCCCACACUCAGUGCAAAACCAAGGUAAAGUGUCUGUGUGUGAUAGUGUUCCUGAGUCUCUCCUUGACCAUGGGAGACCCUGGUCCGUGCAGACACUCCAUCACCAGAGAUCACCUGCUGACCAUAAGACGCCUGAUAGAUAACCAGUUGCAGAGUGGAUGCUCAAUAACCUACACAUUCAUUGAGCGGAGAAGUUUGAGUAAAUGUUGUUAUGUGAAAGCUGCCCUGCCCUGGAUCUUGGAGCUCCUGACCAGCCACUUCAGAUACACCCAAGGCUCAGACAACCACAGCUACGUCCUGUCUCUGACCGGUCUCAUCCACAACAUCUACUCUCAGAGAUGUGUACCACAGAUCAACGAGGAGCUGGAGGUUGACCCAGUGAGCUUUGGGAUGUCAUUCAGCAGCUCCCCACUAGAGGCCCUGGGGAGGGUCCAGGAUGUCCUGUCUGAGUACUGGGAGCUGGUGACAACCAGGGACUCCCCAGUAGACUGGAGCUGUGAGAGGGAGUACAGAGACACAGAAGAGCCCCCCACAGCCCUCCCUACAGCAUUCUCUCUGACUACAGUCAGCACUUUUUGGGACUCAGAGAAAGCCCCUCAGACUGGUCUAGAUGGAGAACAAGUUGGAGACCUGAAGUUUGAUUUCAUGGUCAUAACUCCAUCAGUCUGUGGAGGAAUGAUGUUCAUGUUCACUCUCUAUUGCCUCGUCAAACACAAGAUGUUCCACAGUGCUUAUCAUCACACAUCACAAGUGUACCAAAACUCAAGUUUGCAUACAGAUAGUCAGGACAUUGAGAUGCAGGUGCAAUAA